GUCCCAGUUGGGCUGUCCUUGGGAUUGCAGAAGCGAGAGCCUGAACCUACUCCGCAUACGUCGGUGGCGUCCCAGGUUUUCAACACCUUGUUGCAGGGAUGCUCUUCCCUUCAUUGUCCAUAUUCUGCCACCAUGUGAGAUCUGUCACGUUCAAAUUAUGGUGUGACAAAGAGGAGUAACGCCGAUCGCUUUGUUCACUUGCCAUGUGUCGACCACGUGAGGGUGCUAUAUCCUGUGUCGUGGGCCCGCGUUCCGCUAUGACCUUCCCUUACACAUGCGAUCAUUGUGAUGGCCCCUCAAGCCUCAUUCCCAGAUCACUGGUUCUUGGAUGGCCUUCGAGAUGGCACUUCGGCAAGCACGGCUUCAAGCUCUAGGCAGUCCAGCUUGCAAAACCUCGAAGGAGCCGCAGAGCAAACAAAGACGGAGGGAGAGGCUGAGUCGGAUGCAGACAUUAACCCCGAAACCAUCCAGCACGACUCCUUUUCUGAGCUACUCGAGAAGAUACGUGAGCAAUGCAAGUCUAUCAUAGAACCAGGCUUCGCUUUCUCCAUUUCGGUGAAGCGUCCGCCUUCGGCAGUCAUUUGCCCGAGCCGGCAGCCUUCGGAGACGCAAGGCCUGAAGCGCCAACGCUGGAGUGCUGGAGACAGCCAUGCUAGAGGACGUAACGCCAGCCAAAUCCGGAGGUUGUCGAGGCUGUCGUUAGGUGCCACAUUCGGCGUAAUCGAGCUGGGUACACCGCCUACCUUCACACGGAGCGGCGAGCUCAACAGAGACAGGCUUAAGACACGACCAGAAGUCCACGUGUAGGACAAUAUUGACAAAUGUACAGUUCUUAUGACAUGCAUGACGAAGUCGGUGUGCAGUCACGCCUCUCCGCCGAUAGUGCCUGGCGUGCGUACAAAAUGCGACUUGCGACUUAGGUGAAUGUGUUUUCAACAAUGCGUUAUCCAUUGCUUUGCUAGCAGUCAGUCCCUAUGCUGAUGUUUGCUGAGGAUCGUAUAUAGAAUAUGAGAACUUGGUCCAGUCUUCAAU